GCGGGCGUUCGCGGCCCCCGCGGCCAGCAGCUUCUGCGGGCAGCGGCGGAGCGGAAGGCGCAGGCGAACCAGGUGGACCUGCUGCUGACCGCCUCGACGCUGAAGCACAUGGAGCAGAGAUUUCAGACGCGGCGCGCGGUGAACCUGCUCCGCAGCCAGGAUCCUGCUGUCAAGGCCCAGAACGCGCUGCGGAUAG